GGGCAUUUUUUGAACGAAUGUCCAAAAUGGGAUCAAAAGGAACAGAUUGCAAACUUGAUUGAAGAUGAUGAACCAACGUUGUUGUGAAGAUCAGUGUGAACAAACAACGAUUAAGGGCGUGAUUGUUAGAUUUAAUCGGGUUUGUUCACAUAUAACCGAAUGGGCAUCUUCUCUUCCGCACGCAGAGGUCAUCUUCUCGAUCUUCUCAGGCCAGGGCGUUGUUCUCUUCUCCAGCUUCACUCCGUCAUCUUCAAGGUUUUAAUAAAAAAACAUGGAGGUUUUGAAGUAUAAUGAUGUGAUUCUUAGACCUUCAGACAUUGAUGUUUUAGAGAACCCUUGCUUCCUGAACGAUCAAGUCAUUGCGUUCUACUUCAGUUACUUGUCUUCUCUGUGCAGUGAAGAUGAUAUUGCCUUUGUCCCACCUGUGGUGUCCUUUUGGUUGGCAAACUGCGACGUCAAAAGUCGCAAAGAUGCUGUGGAACCCCUCAAAUUAGGCAGCAAGCGCCUUGUUCUAUUCACCGUCAACAAUAAUGAAGAUUUGGACAAGGGUGAGGGUGGAACACAUUGGAGUAUCCUCAUAUUCGACAGAACUAAAAACUCCUUCCUACAUCUGGAUACUUUGAAAGGGGUUAAUCAUGCCCAUGCCUUUAAGCUCUAUGAUUCUGUGAAGCAAUACGUGGGUGUGCCAUCGGCCUCAAUAAAGGAGAGGGUUAAGAAUAAAAACAAGAACAAGAAGAAGAGCAAAGCUGCUUCCGUUGCUGCCACAGAGUGGCCAAGGCUGUUUCUGAUUUUUAUCUUUGUGACAAACCUGUCAAAGAGAGGGACUGGCUGUCCUUCGUUGCAAGAAAUGUUGAUGAUUCUGUUGAGUUGGGGACCUUUAGACAAGAGAUCAGGCGACUCAUUGAAGAUUUACGAAACAGCCACUGAUGAUAUGUUUGGCUGCAUGCUAAGGAAUGGGAAAGAAACCCUCCCCUACGUUGAGCAGAAUGGGUUCACGUAUUUUCUUGAAUGGCUCGGUGGAUCUGUAAGUAUUGGAGGUGCACUUCCAAAAUAUGAUGGUGGUUUUGUGAAAGUGGUUCGUAAUGCAUUGUAUGAUGAGUGGGGUAUGAUGCUAUUAAAGCAUCAUAUUGAGGUAUUUGGUUUUAAAAAUUGGGAAGAUGUUACUGUGUAUGCUAUUACUGAAGCUGGAUUGAAGGAGUUAGUCAGUGAUAAUGAUGCUUGGGAGUUGGUUGGAGUAAAAAACUUACCUUCUGUAAUUGAAAUAUGGGUGGUCACAGCUCGAGGCACAAGAGACAUUGCCGGGGAGCAAACUGCUGAUGAGUAUGGAGAUGAUGAAGAAGAUGAUUCUGAAACAGAUGCUGAUGAGGAGUUUGAAGAGACAGAUGAUGAAGUAGAUGAUUUCCUUUUUGAUUCUAAUGUGGACAACACAUUAGAAUUUGGCGGGGUAGGCAAUCAAGGCUGUACUUGGAAGUAUUACAACAAGAUGAUGAACUCCACACGUCUUGCAAAGAGAUGGAAGGGCGAAAUGAAAUUCCAUUCAAAUUGGAAGGUGAAAGACUUUCAGAAGCAUGUACAAACACAUGAAAAGUGUCACCUUUCAUACAAACAAGCAUGGAGGGCACUUAAAGUGGCAUAUGAAGAUGAUCAUGGACUUGCAGAAGAGGAGUAUAGAUAUGGUGGAGGGAAGUUUGGAGGGACAAUGCUAGUGGCAAAUGGAGUAGACAGUAAUGAGAAUAUCUUUCCACUUGCUUAUGCCAUUGUGGAGGGUGAGAACAAAGAAUCUUGGACAUGGUUUCUAGACCUUCUCACAUUAGAUUUAGAGCUAAAUGAUUAUAAGGAACCAACUUUUACAUUCAUGUCAGAUAAGCAAAAGGGUUUGUUACCUGCAUUUGAGGAUGUCAUUCCGAGAGCAAUGCACAAAUUUUGUGUAAGACAUCUAGAAGGGAACUUCAAAAAUGCUGGGUAUUCUGGAGAGGCAUUGAAAGACCUCUUAUGGGAGGCUGCUAAGGCAACUACUGUGUCUCAAUAUGAGGAGGUUAUGAGGAAAAUAAAGGAUGAAGAUGUUGCAGCGUAUGAUUGGUUGGUUGGUAAACAGGCUUCAGAGUGGUCCAGAUCCCAUUUUCACAUUGCACCCAAGAGUGAUAUCCUGACCAAAAAUAUUUGUGAGUCAUACAAUCGAGUUUUAAAAGAAGCUAGGUCUCAAACCCUCAUUAGGUGCCUGGAAAACAUAAGGGAAAUGCUGAUGAAAAGAUUCUUUGAUUUGCGGGAAAAGGCUGAAAACUGGAAGGGUUUGUUGUGUCCCACAGUUGCCUCUAAAGUAGCCAUAAAUUCAAAACUUGCUGGUGGUUAUACUGCAAUUCAAAGUGACAUAUCCCUAUUUGAAGUUAAGGGAUAUAGGGCAAAAAAUUGGGAACAACAUGCAGUAGAUUUGGUUGAACGGAGUUGUACAUGCAAUGUUUGGCAGUUGACAGGGAUACCUUGUGCACAUGCUAUAUGCGCAAUAUGGAUACAGAGACAGCAGUAUAGAAAAGAGGUUGAGGAGUAUGUAGAUGAGUACUAUUUUGUUCAAACAUAUAAAGAGGCUGCAGCGAAACAGAAGAAAUCACAGAGAAAACUUCUAAAGAGAAGGAUGUUAAAGGCUGCUCGAAAACCAGGUCAAGAGGAAGCUGCAUCUAAUAGUAUCUUUGAGACAGAAAUAUCAGUUCAAGAAACCACAGAACCAUGGUGGGCUGAUUUGCCAGUUGAACCAGACAUAUGCUCUGAAAAUUUCAUCUUCAUCCCAACACCAACAACUCAAGAUAAUGAAAACCAAGAUGGGAACAAUGGCAUGUGUUUUAUUCCAACACCAACUGCUGCUCCUAGUGCUGCUGGUCCUAACCCCCCAAGAGAAACCGUUGUGCAAUCCCCCAUCACCCAAGUGUCUGCUGCUCCUAGUUCCUCAAAGAGACAUAAGAGGGAGGUUGUGAGUCCUAGACGAAAACCAUAUCUCACUAGGUCGUCUCUAAAGACAAGGUUCAGGAACACGCCAAAUGACCCGUUGGUCGUUGAUUAGGGACAAAAAUGGUUUCUGUUUUUUGCUGGGUUUGAUGCCCUCUUUUGCUUGGAUUCUGUUUUUUGCUGGGUUUGAUGCCCUCUUAUGCUGGGAUUCUGUUUUUU